GAGACCUGCAUAGCCUGUGUUCAUAAAACGUGCACAGCAAUAGAUAAUCAUGGUUGACGCAGUGGUGAAUGAUUAUGUCAAUUCUGAGAUUGUCUGCACUCUAGCUGCUCUUGGUUAUACAGAAGACAAUGAAUAUUACAAAGGAGAUGACUGCCUAGGUGAGGGUUUUAGGUUGUAGUAUAAAAACACAUUCACACAAUUACAGUCUGAAUACAAAAAGUGUUCCACUUUCACUUUAAUACUGUAAUUUGUUCUGUUUUUCUGAAGCGGUUACUGUUAUAUUUUGCACCUUUUAUACAAUGAAUCUUAUGAAAAAUGCAUCUUUUCCUACAAAUUAUCAUAUAAAGGAAGGAAACUAAAAUUUAUCGCGGUAUUUGCCGAUAAAUCGGUAACCGCUACAGAAAAACAGAACAAAUUACUGUAAUUCACAACAGACUACAGAAGCAGAAGUGGGACACUUUUUGUAUUCUGACAUACAUGCUUGAAAGUGAAUACAUGCUUGAAAUCACCAAGAUUGCAUGUAUUAGCAGAAAUUUCCAUGAGAAAAACAAACACAAAAAUAGUGAAAUCAGUGAAAAAGUUAUAAAUUCAUAUUUAUUUCUGCAUGCCAAGAUGCUCUUGUUGAUUUUGUUGUUCUGGUAUAAUUGUUGACUUUUAUAUACUGUUGUUUUGUUUUAAAAUGUUGUUGUUGGAGUCAGUGGUGGACACUUCACGAAAUAUUGAGGUGGUAAAAUUUUGAAUAUGUAUACCAAAGGGGUCACUUGGUGAAAUGAAUAAAGAGUCCCGAGUUGUGCCAUUUGACUGAUCUUAGAUACUGUACUUUUUCAGUAGACUUUUCCAGUAAUUAUGUCACAACUACAUUGUUUUCAACUUAGGACCACCUUAAAUUUAACCUUAAAUGGAAAGGAGUUCAAGUUUUUUUCUUACUGGCUAUGCGCAAAGAAGCAGAACAUCCUACUUUAACACAUGCAUGAUAAAAAAUUUAUUAUUUUGACCAAUAAAUGCGGGAAUAAGCUUUGACACGGAAACGAGGCUGAGGGGCCCAAAGGGGCCGUGGCCCCUCAGCCUCGUUUUCGUGUUAAAGCUUAGUCUCACAUUUGUUGGUCAAAAUAAAAAAAUCUUUUUCAUGCAUGUGUUGAAGAAGGAUCCAUUCCAUUUAAGGUGGUCCAAAGUUGAAAACAAUGUAGCUGUGACGUAAUUACUGGAAAGGUCUAUUAGAUAAUCAAUUAAGCAUGUCGAUUAGACGGAUUAGCAUUGUUGUUUAAUUAACGUACAUUACAGUUAUAACUAUCAAUUCAAAUGGUUCAAAUUUUGUAUCAGUAGAGCUGUAAGGAAUCUUACACAGAACGAAACAGAUUGUAUGAAAUACGUAUGUUGUGGCAUCAUUGGCAUGCAUUAUACAGAAUUAUAUAUUGCUUGCUAUAUUGCUAACUUAAGAUUAAGUUUUAUUUAAUAUAGUCAUUAUUUAACAUGACAAUUACGUUAUGUGGGUGUGAUUGCAUGCUUGCCACUUGCUCCUAAACAAUGCUUGUGAAUUGUGAUAUUUUGUAGCAGACUUUUAUAGGUCUUUCAACAUUAGUGUCCGCCACUGGUUGGAGUAGCUUAGUGUCAGUGUCUUAGCUAGAAGGCCGUGUUAUCCGUGUUAUCGCGGCCAAAAAUGUAAAAACACGGCUAGAUGAAAUGAUCGCGGCUUUAUUAUUUAUUUUCGGCCGUGCAUGUAGGUUCAUAAAAUAAGGUGUUGCUACUUACAACAUACAGAAUUUCUUUGUAAAAUCUACUGUAGUUGUUGAAAUUGGUAAAAGUGACCUGUGAUGUUUUAAUGUUUUGAUGGAUAAUGGGCACUGUAUGGUUGUUAAAAUGGCUUUAAAUACCCCCAAGAAUUGCUAAAAUAAUUUAUUAUAAUGUCAGUGCGAAAUAUGAGAGUAUGCUCGCCUUGUAUUUGGUUGAAAAGCAUAAACCAACCACAGGUAUAGUCUAUUGUUGACAAGCAUAACUGGAAUCGUGUUUUUGGCUAUUCAAGGUAAUUGGCAUGGGCACACCCUGGAAAUUUAGAAACACGCCCAAGAUAUAAAAUGCUAGCCAAGACCCUGCUUAGUGUCCACCACUGGUUGGAGUGACAUGAUAGUAGUUUGUAUUGGUUAAUGGGGUUUUUGCUGGAUUCGAUUAGAUGGUGUGGCCAGGGGCAUGGCAGUGAGCUUCUUAAAUAUCUGGAGUCCGAACUCGAGUCCAAAAAGUGAAGAUUUCAUACGAAGAUUUCAUUAAUUGAGAUAAUUACUAGAGUAUAAACUAUCCGGCUGAAAAAUAAAACAGCCAAAAGUGACAUUAUUAAUGGCGUGCACCAGGUAUCUUUCCUGCAGCAUAUAGGCACUAAGCAACGAUGUAAAAUACAUUAGGAAAAACCGCUAUUCCAUACAAUUACAGUGUACAUGGUUUAACAGGUCCACAUUUAAAAAAGUUUAAAUUUCCACAGUGCAACCAAGGAGAAAAUGUGUGAAUUAUGUACAUUUACAUGCAUGUGAAUAAUUUCCAUUUGGCAAUUUCCUAGUGUAAGUAAACUUCGCGUUAUUUGUGUUCAUAUACAGUAUGUCAAUCAGGUUUCAUGUUUUAGAAUGUCUGAAAGAUUUAAUCCGUUUCCUGAGAGUGGAUGAUGCUACAUGUGAAAUCAGGCGACAGUUAGGGCGAUCACAAGCUGUGGAGAAGGUACUGUUCCAUUUUUGGGUACACUAAACAUACAAACAUCAUUUUAAUUAAGGCUCUUCGUGUUCGCUUUACGGCCGUCAUUGAUCGACAGGAAAACUUUGGUCAUGCGCGUAUGAGGUACUCUAGGGGGAGAGUCUCAAAUUUCGAAAGUCGGGUAAAAUUUCUAAUCGAUUUGGGCAAUUUUGCCUCGUUAGUUGUAAAAUGAUAAUAUGGAUUUUGCAAUGCGCAAACAAGUAAUAUUUCCAAUGUAAUACAGGCAUAACGAGUUGGUUGUUCCAUUGCUUUUCUUUGCCUAGAAGCGUGGCAUAUAAAUAUGAGUAAUCAUGCUUUGAAUAAGGAUGACGGUGCCAAUUUGCCAGAGGAAUACAUGCAUCUCAUUGGCAGAUGACGUCAUCCCUUGGGUAUUUAAGAAGCCACGAUUGCAUCUUUAGAUCACCCCUGAUGAAGACACUAGACUGAAGUCAAGUGUCGAAACGUUGGGUCUUGAUUACAAUUCGACUGGGCUUUGUAAUCAUUUAUUUAAACCAGAGUAACGAGCGAAACAUGAUUGAUAUACCUGGUUGCAGUGAACGAACAAACUUUAAAGUGUAAAUUGUUAGACAUUUAAUAUCGGUAAUUUCUGUCUGCAAUUCGUCCAGCAAAGUAGUAUCUGCCCUCUUCAUUUCUUGCCCGUGCGCCUUAGGUUCAACUUCGGUCGAACAGUUAAGUGUCUUACAUUACACUUCAGCUAAUGCGUCAGCAGAGAAAGGAUGGUCAUAUGCAGGUAGGUUGUAUAUUCACUAAUUUUUUGCAUUAACCAUCUUUGUUAUAUAGGAUCUCAUUCCCUUGCUAAGCAGUUGUACGCCGAAAGAACAUGAUAUUUUUGAUGUUUGUAUUCGGUAAGCUUUGUUGUGAAGUAGUGUUCCUUGACCUACAGUUAGCGUGCGUUAGUUCGUUAAGCCCUUCGCCCCUGCGGAUCAUAGGCCAUCGAAGAUUCCUCUCCAGCGCACACGAUUCUGGACCCUUCGUCCUACAGGGUAUGUCUGUCCCACGAAGUCCUUGCUCCUUCAACUCAUUUUCCACAUCUUCCAUGCAGCUGUUUCAUGAUCGACCUCUUCUCUUUUCAGUUUCCCUGCGGAUUCCAAGCCAGAGCCUGACGUGUGUUCGCCGGUUUGCGCAUUCAGUGAUGUAACUUAAGUAUUUUUACAACUUGCCAUCAGGGCAAGUUGAACAUAAAAAUUGGUUUCCCGGAAUAAAAUUCAGUUGCAACAGUAUCUAGUUUUGCCCGCACAUAUUAACAACAUUUGAAGAAAUUGAUUGUAUUGAGAAUUCAUUAAUCACCACUCGAUUAUCAUGUCUUCCUGAACAAAUUCAAUUGAAGACUUGAAGUGUUGAUUUCAGCUGCUUUAUUAAUAAGAAAACAACAAAACUGUAUACCAUAAACAAGGAAACAAUUUUAGUGCAGCAAAACAACUUUCCCGAUCGGGCAACCAAGAAGCAACUUGUAGUUGCUCGUGAUGAUUUUUACUUGCCCUGAGCAAGCGGGCAAGCAUUAAGUUACAUCACUGGCAUUGCAUGGCCAAUCCAGCCCCAUUUCCUUCUCCUUACCUGCGGCACCACCGGCUCCUUGACCCACAGUUAUCGGCGCAAUCGGCACUUAAUUUUCCAAAAACUUUCCAAAAACGACGAAUGCUCGCCAAAAAUUAUAUUACGAUUUGAACCUGAUUUCAAACAGCGCAAAGAACAUCUGAUGUCAGUUUUGUGAAGAAUCGUGCUUCUAUAUGUGUGUGUCAUAAAACCAUUGUGAAUCGUUUAGGUUAAUGGUAAACCUCACUCAACCAGCAAUGAUUUGUUUUGGAAAAGUACCAAAAGAGAAGAUGGAACGUCACUGGUUUCUAGAAGUUACAUCACAUCUGCAGUCCUACAAAGAGGUACGUACAUCUCCUCAGUUUGAUAUUGUAUAAAAGUGGUGUUUGUGGCUUUUUUGAUUGAAGGUAAUGUAUUCAGCUUUCUUUUAGGCAUUUGCAGAAAGAGAAAUAAUGACCGUAAUUGGAAGAGAACUGGGACGUUUACUACAGUUGGUGAGAUCAUCUUUAUCAUAUUAUGAAAAUAGUCGAAGGGUCUUGUAGAUGGAAAUUAUCGAGUGGAAAUUUAUAUACAUUUAAUAGACCUAACCAGGAACAGCUGCGAAAAAUGCAACUAUAGGUCCCUGGCAGGAAUCAAACCUGCGGCCCUGCGUUCCGGUGCAGCGCUCUAACCAACUCAGGUACAGAGGCCGUUCUUGAUUACGUCUAAUAAAUGUAGCAGCUGUUCCUGGUUAGGGCUAAUAAAUGCAUAUAAAUUUCCACUCGAUAAUUUCCAUCUACAGUACAAGAACCUUCAACUAUUAUUGAAUUGAAUCCAGGUGAUCUUGAUACGCGGAAAAGUACUGGCACUAGUUGUCAAAUAGAAAUCCAUUUUAUGAUUAAAACAACUGAACAUCUCCUGUAAUAUACUUUAUUUCGAUUCCAUAUUUUUGUCAGAGCUAUAGUUCUCAUAAUCAAACAUAAUUACAAAAUUUCAACUAUAGUUUCAUAAAGAAUAACGAAAGAUAUAAUUGACUGAAUACAUCAAAAUGGAUUUCUAUUCGGACAACCCUUUCUGAGCGCUGAUUGGCUAAAAUACGAACACGAGAUCACCUGGAUGAGAUGCAAGCAAAAUACAUGUAGAUGUACUACUGUACAUGUAGAUAGAGAGUUUGAGCCCAUAGCAUUGCAGACCACGCUCAAGUAUGAUUGCACCUGGUACUGUAUCAAUGCUAUAGGGCUGACAAGUCUUAUUCGUUGUUUAAAAUUACUUUCCAGGAGUGGGAUAACAGAGAAGAAGAGGAUACACUUCUGAUUGAACGAAUUCUCCUCUUACUCCGAAAUAUCCUUCAUGUUCCCGCAGAUCCAAAAGCUGAGAAGGUUUGAAUAUAUUGCAUGUGCUGUAAACUUCAUGCGCACUUUAUCAGAUGACUACGAAGGUGACCUUAAUAGUUACUGUAUCUACUGUACAAACAAAUGGCGUGAAAUGCACUUUUAGCGUUGGACUUUCCAAAUAUUGCUCAUUCAAUAUGAACGAUAGUGUUACAGCUAAAUAAAUUUCAGAUAUUAAGGAGUUUAAGGAACCAUUUUAAUUCAGUUUUAUCUUACUUCAGAGGACAGAUGAAGAUGCUACAAUCCACGAUCAAGUUUUGUGGUGUGUUAUAUAUUGCGCUAUAUACAUGGUUUGUGGGCGUGGUUUAUGGAUAUUCUCCUCCGUUUCAUUAAAUACAGCAUAUAAAUGUGUUUUGUUUCUGUCCGCCAUACUUGAACUUUAUACAUAAGCUUGCAUGAAGAUUGGCUCAAUGUACUUAGACCGCUAACAAAAUAUACCGUAGGGAUUCUUUUUACCGCUCUACGUACUGUAGGGUGCCCAUUAUAAAAUUAUUAACUUGUAAACGUUGCCGCCCCAUGGUAAUGUAUGUAAAUCUUGGUCAUGUACUGUAAAUCCAUCCCUGCAUGUGAGUCGGAAUUAGUUCGCACUUUCAAAAUUCACAAAGUCGUACUAUUACAGUAUAGAAUACAUGUAUUUUAAGGUGUAUUUAUUAUUGUCUGCAGUCGGUUUUUUUAUCGCAACUUUCGUCAAAAAUUCUGAAAUUUGUCAUUAAAAGAUAAAUUGAAUCCUCGAUGAGAUACAUAUAUAUGACACAUUGAAGUUUGAAAUCACUGUAUACAGUACAAGAAUUUGAUAGCAGUUAAAAUGAUCUCUCAAAAGAAUUGGGAAUAACUGCAAUUGACUUUGACUUUCAAAUUUAAGUUCUCAUGACUCUUGAAAAGGUCAUAAACCUUUUCAAAACUGUUAAUUAUUAUCCGUGUAUAUAUAGCAAGUAACUCUCCUGAUCAAAGACUGAACCAAAGGAUUUAGAAUGUCUUAUGUCGUUUUCUUAUACAAUAUAUUCUCUAGGAAUUUGCAUGCCAAUGGUGUGGAUGAUCUGAUAUUGUACGUUGCCAGUUCUCCUGAUGAGGUAUGUACAAUGUACAAUAUUAAGUGUAUCAGUGCUGUAUUAAGUAUAUUACUUAACAAAUAUAAAACAUUUUCCACAUUUCAGGGCUCGAAAUAACGGCCGAUCAACGAUCCAUGAUCGGCAGGAAAUUGUUUUUGAUCGGCGAAGAAGCAACGUUGCCGUUCAUCUUGAUCGGCAAGAAAUAUAUUUGACCAUUGUCUGAAGAACAUGCUUACUUGUACGCGGUAAAAGACAAAUAAAAAUAAUAUGAAACACAUUCAAAAACACGCGAAAAACUCUUGUUUAGUUGAUACGAGUCAUACAACAGGCCGCAAUGCUAUGAAGUAUUGUCGUCUCUUCAACAGUCUGCAAUCCAAACCACUGACACAAACGUCUUUGUCAUAAUAAUUUCAAAUUGAUAGGAUUUUUUGAGUAGUAUUUUUUAUUUUUAGUAGGUUUUUCUCUUUUAAUAUGAAAUAAUAAGUUUUAGUUCUUAAUUGAUAAUGCUGCUGUGUUUCUUGCUUUUGGGUGAAAAAAUACAAUACUAUAAUUAAAACUAAUUGAACUAAAAUUUAUUACUGUAAUACAUGUUAUAUGUUGUUACACUAUUAGUAUUGUCAGUAUUGUAUACUGUAUAUAUAAAGUCCACAAAUGUCAUAGAUUUAAUUAUUGAAGUUAAAUUUCCUGUUCAGAUGUGUAUUUAAUGGCAUAUUUAGGAAAUGAGGGCAAAUGCUCCUGAUCGGCCAAAUUUUUAUUUGAUCGGCAAAAAGUCGUGAUUGCCGAUCGCUGUGAUCGGGAACGUUGGGAACGUUAUUUUGAGCCCUGCAUUUUCUCGUUUUCCCAAUUUCCACGAGUGUUGAUAUAACUGCAUGUAUAUCAAUACGUAUAUCAAUACGGUUACUUGCGCUCGUUGAAGACGUGCAGUAAUAGUUCAACUACCAAACAGAGGACUUUACCGGCAUCUUCAAGUCCGAGCACGUUUUGAAAAGGCAACAUUUUAAUGCAUGGAGAAUUUUAAAUCCCGGUUAAGUCCGAAGUCGAGUAUUUGAACUCACUUCUCAAACGUUGCGAUUUGCAUAUAUAGUUUUAAAGUACUAGAACUUUGAAAUUGUGUAAAUUCUGAUUUCAAAGUACAGGGUACUAUUAACAAGAAAUAUACGUGCAUGCAGCAAUCCCUCACUCAUAUACGAACUAAGCAAAUAUUUCCUAAACAUUGUUUCAAAAUGAAGUAUUAAUAUUGAAUCAUUUUUGCUGCACUCUUGUGCCAAGUGUCUGCGCUGACAACUUCUCACUUUUUGCGCACUUUUUAUUUUUACAGAGUAGGUGGUGCAUGCAUGCGCUGGAGAUCAUUUCGCAUAUGCUGCGCGAGCAGGUUAGUUAAUUUAUCUGUUGAAGGGUUUUUGUAGAUGAAAAUUCGAGCGGAAAAUUAAAUAUAAUUUUUAGACCUAACCAGGAGCAGCUGUGGAAAUGCAAUUGUAGGCCCUCUUUCGUGCAGGUUGCUCUAUAACCAACUGAGCUACAGAGUCCAGUUGUCGAGCUCUAACCACACUACCGGGUGCCCCCCCCCAAAACCUGGACACUUUGAUUUCAUGUAACGUAUACGUAAAAGCUAUAAAAGCUAUCGAAAUGAAAUAAAGAUCAUUGCAUUCAGAAAGGACUAACUUAGAUUUUGAUAUAGCACUUGAAUUUACAUGCAAUAUUGACUGCGCUAUCGAUGUUUUGAACGUUGAACUACUGUUUUUAUAAUUACCGUUUUUAUAAUUACCGUUUUUAUAAUUACCUUAUAAUUACCGAUGUAGUUAUACUUGUUAAAUAAUAAAUAUUUUGGUUGUAUCUCGCUUAAUAUUGCAGUUAAAUUCAAGUCAAAAUCUAAGUUAGUCCUUUCUGAAUGUACAUCAGUACAUUCAGAAAGGACUAACUUAGAUUUUGACUUGAAUUUAACUGCAAUAUUAAGCGAUGGUAUAUUGGCAUCACCCAGUAUAUAUACUGUAUAACGGGUGACUCCCAAAAAACUGGACACUGUUUGAUUUCAUUUAACGUAAAAGCUUUCAUUUAACGUAAAAGCUGUAAAAGCUAUCAUAAUGAAAUAAAGAUCACUUUAUUUCAUUAUGAUAGCUUUUACAGCUUUUACGUUAAAUGAAAUCAAACAGUGUCCAGUUUUUUGGGAGUCACCCGUUAUACAGUAUAUACUGUAUACUGGGUGAUGCCAAUAUACCGUAAAGGCGUAAGGCAUGGGUAAAUAUCGAUAUUUUUAGUCAUCUCGCACGAUAGAACUAACAGCUGAAUGGUUCUUGUAGAUGAAAAUUUCUAGCGGAAGAUUAUAUACAAUUUUUAUAUAUAAUCUUUCGCUCGUAAUUUUCAUAUGCAAAAACCUUUCAGCUGUUAUAGUUCUAUCUGUUAUAGUUCUAUCAGAAAAUUUCGAUAGUUAAGUUAUCCUACUUUUGCCAUCAUUCAGAUUACAUCAACAGUUUGUAAUUUGUAUAAGACUUGAUGAAAUGCAAUUGCGAUUAAUGCCUUCCAUCUGCUAGCCCGGGUCUUCAUCAGCGCAAAUAUUAUUAGUGCUUACCAAGCCCAUUUGCAUACAUUCACGGUCUGUUUAUAUGGACCCAGCUAACCAGGAAACUCGCCUGUUAAUGCGGGUAAAUAUCAUUGUGUGUUGAUAUGAGAGAUGAGACUAUGUAGGUGUCACCUCGCCUCGUGCUGGGUGGGGUCGCUGGGAUAAAUGGAUGAGAAGUUUUGGUAAGAAAUCAAUCACGAAAAAGAAACAUCAAUGGGCAUAGACAGACAUUAAAUUCGUAAUAUACUGUACAACGAACAGUUUGUUCAAUCACAACCAUGCAAAAGUAUCUCGAAAGCCCUAUGCUUACGUAGUUUCGUCUCAUUGAGGCGGGAUAGCAGAUGGGGUGAAAGCACUCAUUUGAACACGGAAAUAUUUUAUCCUGCUUCAGCGAGUUUUCCGGCCUCUGGUCUCAUAUGUACAGUACAUGCCCUUGGAUGUGAAGAACGGUGGUACUGUACAAGUCCCAUCACUGGACAAGAGACUACGAAUUUUUUAAUGUUUGCCGAAGUGUCAGAAUCAACAUGACAGCAUUUAUGCAUGUAACUGGCCAAAUAUAAAAAAUAACAAUAAUGGGAUUUUUUAAAAUUGUAAUUUAUAGAAAGCUGAUAUUGUAGCGAAGACAGCUGUCAGAAGAACGAGAAAAGAACAAGAAGAAGAUACAAGGUUUGUGUCACAUCUUUGUUAUGUUUUUUUUUGCUUGCUCCUUGAUAGUAAUUUGGAGGUUAUGUAAUAUUUCAAAUCCGACUAUGAGGACUGGACUAGAUUUCAAGUUCGCGCAAUUUGAUCAAGUCCGAGGCGACGCCGAGGACUGGAUCAAAAUGCGAGGACUUGAAAUCUACUGUAGUCCAGUCCGAAUUGGAGGAUUUGAAAUGACAUCUCAUGCGAAUAAAUCACUAUUUAAUUAAUUUUGAUCCAGUCCUAGGACUGGAUCAAUGUACUUCAUCAGGUAUCCAGUAUUAUCAUGUGAGCAAAAUCAAGCAAUAUGGUUGGCUAAUUUACUCAUGAAUUAUUCAUGAGUUUGAGAUAUAAUGUUCAAGUCCUGUGCAGAAGCAGGAUUUUUUCUCACAGCAUGGCUUAUACAAACAAGCCGAAAACUAACAACUUGUCAAUAUCACAGACUGUAGAAAACAACAUAACUGAUAUAGCCACUUCUAGAGCAACAUUCUCUUCCCAUGCAUGCAGGACUCCCGAGAUACAUGCACACGAGUUCACGCUCGUUGUGCUUGUCGUUGAGUUUCUUGUCAUCGAACUCUACCAACAAAGCGUGACGCUAGCUUAUGCUAUCUCCAUGAUUCCUUUACUACUCUCUUUUGAAUAGGUUAGAAAUUUGUUCGUGCUUGAUUUGAAAUUUAUUUUCUUAUAGAGAACUUGAAAUUAUGUAUGAAAGAGAAAAAGCUUCAAAGAACAGUGCGUCCCAAAAAGGCAUUAGGUACAGUAGGUGUUUUCAUUCGUUGUUGAAUUGUAGAGAAAUAGACCUUACUGUUUACUCCCCCAAUGGCCUCGUUUCCAUGUUUACGUGUUUUAGCCUGGCAGGCGCACAAGAUGGUUCUAUCCCCAUGUUUCGUGCACGAACACAGUAUGUUUCUCAUUGAUCUUGAUCCCAAUCACAAACCUAUCCUUAAACCUAUAUUGUACACGAAACAUGAGGAAAGUAACUACAUGAAAACGAGGCAUGCAUUGGGGCAAGAAAUUUGUAAUAUCGUUGUACUUCUAUCCAUUCAAGAUAAAAAGUUGUGUAUUUUUAAACUGAUAUCGCCUGAUGCAAUACUCCUGCUAAGUCUGAUUGGAGCUGUCUACAAUAAAAAUUAUGCAGUUUCCAAGAAAGUUUAAAUGAAAGUUUAAAACGUUUUCGAAAAUUGUUUGCUCGUAAUAUUUCGUUGACCACCCAACUAGUUGUUUCCGUACUAUAUAAUUUAUAACAAUUGAGAAGGUUGGUGAAUUUCAAAGACUUUUACAAGAAAUUUAGGGUCGGUAUGUACCCAAGUCUUUGCCUUACUAAAAUUUAAGAUAAAAAUGACACGUUUCUCACCUUUGAUAUAGACACUCGAACUUUGGUGGAACUUACUACAUGCAAAACCUCAAAGCUUUAAAUGAUGAAAAUAAAUUGCUGUAUCACAAACCCGUUCAACGUAAGUUUAGCAUACACAACAACAGCAGCAGGAGAAACAACAGCAACGACAAAACAACCACAGCAACAACCACCGCAACAACAACAGCAGCAGCGACAACAGCAGCAACAGCAGCAGCAACAACAGCGGCAGCAACAGCAGCAACAGCAGCAGCAACAACAGCAGCAGCAACAGCAGCAACAACAACAACAGCAACAACAGCAACAACAGCAACAGCAACAACAGCAGUAA